AUGAUUCAACUUUUAAUCAGAGACCCAAAGCAGUUGAAGCCGGUGAAAAUCCUACUAGAGGAGAACAACUGGCUCAACAAACUGAGGAAGAUUGAGAACAACGAUGGGGUCUUUUCAGUCUUUACGUUGUUAACCGACCUCGCUGACGGUUUGCUCGAGUUUGACCAUUGCUUCUACACCGAUACACCACCAAGCAAGCGGACGCUAAAGUCUGUGGUUCAAGAGUACUGCCAUGCGAAAAGGGAGCCCUUGGUGUUUGAGGUCCCGAAGAAGUGGUCCAUUUAUCCGCCGAUGAUCCUAUUCAACGCCAACAUUGAGCAGAAACACUGGCCGCGCGAGCUCUGCGAGAAGGUUCUCGAGCACCAGCUGGAGCUCUUUGGCACGAGUGGAAUCACCCAUUUGGCAGUUAACCGGCCGAUAGUACAGACCGAUGUGAUGAGGAGGCCGUUCAACAUCGUGCCGCUCUACGGCGACUUUGGUCCCGACCUUGCUAUGGACCACAGGCCGACCCUGGCCGAUUUCCAAGAUGCGUUUUGGUGCCAUGUGGUGCAGAAUGGGGUCUACCAGACCUGGGCUCCGCGAUAUACAAUGUUCUCGCGAGGCAACAUAAAGGAAAAGAAACGGAUAUUGGAUAAUUGCAAGAACUUGCAAGGAAAUAUCGUCGUCGACUAUUAUUGCGGCAUCGGGUAUUUUGCAUUGAGCUAUUUGCGCAAUGGCGCCAAAGUUUUAUGUUGGGAUAUCAAUCCUUGGUCGAUUGAAGGCUUUCGACGAGCAUUGAGCCAUGCCGGGUACCGGUACAAGAUCUAUCAUCGAGAUUCGGACGUUUUCAAAGUUGAAGAUCUCCUGGACCUCGAUGCAUGCGUAUUUCUCGAGAGUAACGAGUUUAUUCACUCGCGGCUUGCACUGGUGGUGGCUCCUGGCAGUCUCAACAUCAAGCAUGUGAAUUUAGGUUUGUUGCCAACCUCGAGACCCAGCUGGCAACUGGCACUAAGCUUGGUGAGAGAAAAGUCCACCACGAAAGCCACAGUUCACGUGCAUGAAAAUGUCCAUGUCGAUGACUUUGAAGAGUUGAAAGAAGAGAUUAGCGCAGCUUUUGGAGGUAGCCAUGUCACCCAUCUUGAGAAGGUUAAAACUUUUGCCCCGGACGUUUGGCAUGUUGUAUGCGAUGUGGAUGUUACAUAA